AUGUCCAAAGAUACUGAGUACAAUAUCAUAGCCGCAUGGCGACAAGCUAUCGUACUGAGUGCUAGAGCGCGAAGAAGGCAGAGUGAUGUCGGGAUGGAUCCAUUGAUCGCUGAAAGUCUCAAAGCACAAAUCAGCCAGUCACAUUGGCAUCGAGAUAUGCGAUCAAUCACAGGAACAUUGUGCAGCAAUCAUGGUGAGCCAAGCAUUCCUGGGCUUACCUUGGAGCCGCAACUCUCGGAGAAACCCGAGCGAGAGACAAAGGUUAGGGUUUUAUCCAAUCAUAAUUUUGCCUACCAUGAAAACAUCGAUGAGUUUUUGAACGAUGCUCGAUUGCUACGUGCGAUAUCACACGCCGAAUUAGAAGCUCUCGUGAAAAUGUCAAAGAAUACAAGAAAAAGAAUGGAAGAAGGCAUCGAAAAGGAAAAGUUCUUCGACGUGGCUGAUUUUAUUGGGAACUCAACUAAUUACCAAAACUGA